ACACUUCUCUGGACCCCACACGCUUUCACCUGCUGGAUCUUUCUCUUGCUUUGGUGUGUGUUGAACAGUAAAGCACCCCGAAGCACCAUGACAGACUGGUGUGCCUCAUGCUGCUUGGAGCUGAUAUCUGUCUUCCACUGACAAUCCAUCUGAGAAACAACUAUGUGUCAGUCGGCGGUGCCAGCGGCCAGACUGGGCCUGAACAGUGCUGACCCGCUGGUGAGAGAGGCUUUUCUGAUGGCUCAUGACUACAUAGACUAUGUAACCACAGGGGGGGCCGAUGGCACCAUGGGUCCUGCCCCCACAUCCUGCUCCAGAGCGCUGCGCCAUGCUGGAGACGAGCUCCUCACCCGCUUCCCCAUCUUCUUCAGACGCUGGCCUCGAGUCUUCCAGGAUGUGACGGAGAAAACGGCCUGCCCCACGCUCUUGAGCAUCCUGGACGAGCACUUCUUCGCCCCGGUGCCUGGGGGGCGGCGCAGGGAGCUGGCCUGGAGCGCAGUGCUCUCAGUGUAUGUGCUGGCGGGCCAGAUGGCUCUACAUUGCCAUGAAAGGGGCAUGGUGGUGGUCCUGCCUCAGCUGAAGGAGUGUGUGGGGGCGUAUGUGGAGAGAGUCGUCUGCCCUGAGAUACGAGAUGGCGGAGGAUGGAGUGGUUUUGUAUCACGCUUUGGAGAGAAGCAGGGCCUGGAGUGCCAGGUGAAGAGAGGGUGCUACUGGACUCUGCUGGCGCUGGCUCUCAGCAUCCUCACCUACUUCCUGUGGAAGAGAAUGACUUAGCCAGCACUGCUACCUAGUGACCGUUCACACUAACUGCAGGAAUGAGCUGCCUGCCGUCUGAAAGUCACUUCAUUUCUCUUUUAAAAUUGUGUAAAAACAUGUCGAUAAUUUACAGAGGUGGGAAGUAACUAAGUACAUUUACUCAAGAACAAUUCUGAGAUACUUGUACUUUACUUGAGUGUUUACAUGUCUUCUACUCCACUACACUUCAUAAGUAAAUCAUGUACUUUUACUCCCCUAAGAUUGAUCCCAAUUUGGGGAAUGCUUUUGUUUAAGCAGUGUGUAAACAAUGCAUUGCACACAAUGUGAAGAUGAAAAUGAGUACUAAAUGAACAGACAUAAGCAUAAAAUAUAAACAUCUCAAAAUAGAAAAUAAAAACAGAACUUUAACUUUAAAGUAAAAUAUAUACAUAAUGACUGUGGAAGAUAUAAAUCAGAAGACUGUCUGUCAAAUAUACACUAUGCGGGGCCAAUUACAGCUAACAAAAUAUAGUAGUAUCAUAUUUAUUAACAUGGAGUGUGCAAAAAUCAAUGUACCGUGUGAAAACACUAUAUACAGAGGGACAAAUUAUAAUUUUUGAAUGUAAAAAUCCAGUUAUCAAAGCAACAUAGGAAACUAUGGAGCUGUGUGCUCUCUGCUGUCAGAGGUGAGUGUUGGACAGUCAAUGCAGCAGGAAGGACUUCCUGUACAGAGCUGCAGAAGUCUGUUGUUCUGCAUGUAUUUAAUACCUUUAGUUACUUUACAGAUCUGGAUGAAUGAUGUGAAAUAUAACCAAGUGUUAAAUCAGACUUUAGUUCCACCUGGAGUAAAUUCACAAGCUACCCUGCAGUAUACAAAGUCAUUCAAACUAGCUGCACCUUUACCAGCUUUGAGAACACUUUCAUGAUCAAUCAUUAUAAAACAUAUCAUAGAUAUUAUUCUGACAUGGACCAAUCUGAGUAUUUUUAAAGUAGUUGAUACUAAUACUUUUCUACUUUUAUUUGAGUAACAUUUUUGAAUGCAGGAUUUUUACUUGGAACAGAGUAUUCCUACACUUAUUUUACUCAAGUACUUUUCCCACCUCUGGUAAUUAACCUAUAGAAAUCAGUAUAAUUCAUUACUCCAGGGGAUAAGGUAUACUAUUGUAUAUAAGUCUGUUAGGUGAAGAACAUCUAAGCCUUUGGAAUAGUCACGAGGAAACCAUUGUUUAUGCUGCAGCAUGUGAACUGUGAUCUGGAAUAUUUGUUCUUUUUAAACUGUCUUGUUCUGCUGGUUUACUUCCU